GUCCUCGCGUGCGCGGCGCGGGGUGUCGAAAGUCGGCGCUUCUCGAUCCAUGGUCGCCGCGGCGAUCGGUACGCAGUUCAGAGCGACUGCCCACACGGACACUCGCCCAGCGUCGCGCUCGUCGAUAUGUCGGUUUGCGUCUUGGACGACCAGGUCACAUGCUGCUUUGGCCUGUACAAGAACAACUCGAUCUGCGCCUUGUCCAACACCGUCGCAUCACUCAGUCGGGUCGAGAACGACGCACUACGCAUCGGGUGCCUCGUGUUUGGCAUCGUCGCGCUUGCCGCGUGUCUGUGCAAGCUGCGAUCGAUUCGACAAAAUGACGGCUCAACCAUUCAACGCCGUGUGUACUACUUCAUGACGGUCGCGGCGCUCACAUUCAUCGGCCGUGCGCCGGAUCCCCGCUCCCACGAACGCAUCUACCACCCCGUCGUGAGCGGCCUCAUCAUUGACAUUUGUUCCGCGGCCAUCUACAGCGUCAUAGUCUUGUACACUGCGUUCUACGCGCGGCUGGUGGCUCCUCCCGCUCGAGCGAUUGUGUGCGAGCAUUACAUUCGGGGAUUCACGGGCCUCGGGUUCUUCCUCACAUGGUUCAUUUACGUCGUCGUACGGCCGGCCUACCUCCUGCGCAGCGACCGAAACAUCUUUGACUCAUGGCAAGUGCUUGUCCAGUUUUCGAUGGCCCCACUCGUCCUCUUUGCCACGUCGACCACGGCGCUGCACUACGGCCUCCAUGCGUACCGGCGACUGUCGCUAAUUCGAGAAGCAAACAAACGAUUCGACGUCAUGCACGCCAUCCGCCAGGAAACGUGGCGCCAACUCCAUGACUUGUACGCGGCGCUGCCGCCGUCACCCGCGCUGGGCUCCACGGCGUCGCCAAGCCAGUCGCACGACCCACCGUUCAUGCCCAUUCCGAUCGUGCUCCCCACCCUCGACGACCAACCUGCGAUCCCCAUGAUGCCGCUCAUGUCGAAAUCGCAUUCCAUUUCGUCGUCUGUGCAUGAACCUGUCAAGGACAACAAGCGCGUGCUCAAGGUCCUCGUCAUCAUGGAAGUGUGCGCGGUCGUGAACAUCGGGCUCCAGAUCGCGCUGCUCGUCAAGUACAUUCGAGAUGGAUGCCAACUAAAGCAAGAUCUUGUGUUCGCCACGGCCGGCGUCGGCGCUCAGCCGUACACAUUCGACUUUCCGACAUUUUCCAUGCUCCAGGUCCGUGAUCGAGGCAUGUCGUCAACUUUAUGCAAUCCCUUGGGCAGGGCGUCGCCAUGUGCGUCGUGUACUGGUCUUUCCGCAAGACACGGAGCCGUCCACGUGACAUGACCGGCGGCGACGAUGAUCCCGCUGGCGAGUCCGACCGCCGCCACAGGCCAGUCCACUGAGCACGCACGCACGGCGCAAUCAGGGCCUCCAACCCGCCAUGACACGCGGCGCCACGAACGAGGGAGGCAUCGGUCGAUCGUGGAACGGCAAUUGGGCAUUCGCGUGGAUGCAAAGACGUGCUUGUGCCUUCCGUCCCCUCAGACAUCUCGACGCAACGAACUACACGCGCUUUGCGCAAACUGUCGAGUUUCGUCGAUGUGCAGUCCCGGGGGCAUCUGCCCCGUCGUUUGGCUGACGCGGUGGUGUAUCCAGGCAGUGCUGCUUUUUCAUACAUGCAACAAAGCAAACGACCGAGAGUGGGGGUGCUGGCUGUCGUCGGCUCGUGAGGAAUUGUGUGGUUGCUUUGAGACUGCGUCAACCCUUGGAGCACCCACGACGCGGGACGGCCACAUCGUCGCCAUCUGCGGCGAUAUCAAACCCAGCAAAGUUUGGAAUUCCUUGCGUCGAACACGAUCGAGACGCGAGCACUUUCGUCGCUCGCCUUGCCUCUCUUCCACACUGCAUAUUCACCCAUGAAGGAUCGACCACCCCCCCCUCCUCCUCCUCCAUGGAUGCGCUGGCGUCACU